GUUAAAAAGAAGGAAGUUUCUGAUGUAUUCAGCUAAUUUCAUGAGUUACGUUUUAAUUGUAAUUUCUGUAAAUUUAACAUUGAACAAUUUGUAAUUUCAGUGCCUAUUAUUGUGAUGAUAAACAAGGGCCUGAUUUUUGGUCCUGAGACAUUCAGUCCAUGGCCGAGUUUGAGAAAAGAAACCUGUGUUGGUUAGAACAACAACAAUGCAUCAACUUAACCAUGAAAUUAGUGUUACAUCAAUAGGCCGUAUGUUAAAGCAAUGAGAGUGUCUGUUCAAUCUAUUGGAAAGACUGUGAAAUGUGUGGUUGGGCUUUUACUGCUUGUAGAUGUUCAACAGUAAACUAUUGUAGCAGUAUGUGGAUGUUUGCCUGCAACCUAUUAAUGAGACUUAUCGAAAGUUAAACAAUAGUUAACUGGCCAUAUAACUGUGUAUUAUUCAGGGGUUGUGAACACUGAAAGUAAAGAACAGUGAAAUGCAUCUGUGCAACAGGUGGCUACAUCGUUUACAUUGUCAGUGUUGAACUUCCAUCACCCUAUUUUUCAGCCAGUAUAGCAAUGCAGUACAUCGACACUGAGGUCAAUGAAUGAGGAAAUAAAGCAGACGAACAUCACAUAUGGUGCCCUUGUGGUUUUAAAGAAGGAGACACAACAGCCAUUCCGCACAUGGGUUUCAAGGCCACAGUAGGACAGCAGCCAGUCAGGGAGCAGGUUCUAUGAAAGCAGCAAUUGGGUACAGAAGCAGCCAAUCAGCACAGCCAACUGGGAUAAACCAGACGCCUCGAUGAGAAAAUUACUACAUACAGCUGUCGUGCAGACAAUGAAUCAAGAUGAAAACCCCAGCAGCAGCAGAAGAGUGAAUAAACAUAAGCAAGUAAAUUUUCCAAAUCUGAAAAAUGAGGGAAAGACAGCAGAGACAACACCACCUAGGUCAGGUGGAGCUGAAUAUGACAAAUGGAGACUUUCACAAAGCAGAAAACUUCUGAAGACCCACCAUGCUUUAAUAAAAGAAGCACAUGAUAUAGGUGGCUCUGCAUCUGAGACAGGUGGUUCAGAUGGAAGUGAUGGUGAUGACAGGUCCCAGAAGGUCAAAAUUGGACAAUCAACAUGGAAUGAAUGUACACCUGCUGAUUUUUUGUUAUAUUUUCGACGGGGCUUCCGUGAUGAUCAAAUGACACUUAACAACAAGGUGUGCUUUGUUGAGAGAAUGGAUCUAAUAAAAUCAGGUCAAGAUGGUAAUGAGGAGAUGAUAGAUUUAAUGAUCACAUUUCAUCCUUUGGAUUUUUUAGUGAAGCUUGGCUACAGUGCAGAAGAAGCAGCUCUGAUAUCUCAAGAUGAAGAAAUAAAAUGUAGACUUUAUGCAGCUAUUCGAGAGGCAAGGAUCUGGGCCAAUUCAAUCACAAAACCUCAAGCAGCACUCUUAUACCUAUUGGCACAUAAAGCCAAACCAAAAAUUAUGCGGUAUUAUUUGAGCAUGGUGGAAUCUAUUAUCAAUAGAAGAAUAUUGAAUGCUGUGAAACUGAAUGGUAAAGAUGGUCAGGACUGAUAACCUCACUAAAGGACUUCGUUACAGAACAGUGAUAAUCCUAACAUCUAAGAGCAAUACUCAAUUGUCUGGUAUUUACAUCAUUUGUUUCUAUAAUAAUUGCUACUUUCUGUGUCUGGGGAAUACAAGGGCUUUUCAUAAACUAACCACCUAGCUGCUAUUAAAGAAA